UUUUGAUAAGGGGGGAUUGUCCAAUAAUUAUAGGUCUUUAUACAGAAAACUCCUCCCACUUCUUGACUAAAAAUGUACAAAUAGAGCGUCUUCAGGGUUGGUCCUCACUCUGCGAAGAUCCCUCAGUCUUCAUUUGAGCCAACAUCCGAGUUUCUCUCGUCUCAUCCCAAGACCAAAUCGACGCAAUCAUGUCUGUCCCGACAAACCUCGACUUGCACAUCUACGGCUCCAUCAACGGUAUGGAGUUUGACAUGGUGGGCGGUGGGAGUGGCAACCCAAAUGACGGAUCGCUGAGCGUAAACGUGAAGUCUACCAAAGGUGCCCUGCGCGUUUCUCCUCUGCUGGUGGGCCCGCAUCUGGGGUACGGCCACUACCAGUACCUACCCUUCCCUGACGGUCCGUCGCCUUUCCAGGCAGCCGUGAACAACGGCGGAUAUCAAAUGCAUCGCUCUUUCAACUUCGAGGACGGUGCCGUGCUGACUGCCACCUACAACUACUCCUACAGCGGCGGCAAGAUCCAGGGAGAGUUUCAUCUGGUGGGCAGCUGUUUCCCCGACGAUAGUCCGGUGAUGACCAACGCGCUGACCGGUUUGGACAGGAGCGUGGCCAAGCUGAUGUGCGUGUCCGAUGACAAGCUUGCCGAGUUCGUGGACUGGACCUACCGCACCAGCAGCGGCGGGCGCUACCGUGCCACGGUGCAGACCAACUUCACCUUCGCAAAGCCCAUCGCAGCUGGCCUGAAGAACAACAUGCCGAUGUUCGUGUUCCGUCAGCUGGAAGUCACCGGCUCCAAAACCGAGAUCAGCCUUCAGGAGCAGCAAAAGGCGUUCUCCACCGUUCUGUGAGCGGCCAGAAUGCAUUUCUACCAUAUACAUGUAACGUUACACCCUCCGACAAAUUACUUUGUAUUCUCCGAUGAUGUCAGUUUGUACCCACCACUUUUGGUUUAGACUCUCUACCUGGGAGUCAACAACUUGAAACUGUUCACUGAAUCCAACACAUUUUGUCAUUCUAGGGUGCGUUUAUGGUUGAAAUGUAAAAGAGCUGAAAUACUUUGAACUUUUAAAUAAAGUUUCUUGGUACUCUUACAAAUAAA